AUGAGUGCUUUACUUGUGAACGCCUCUCAGACUGCUGCUUUCGAGGACAUUCCAAUGUCCAAGAUAUCCGAUCUCCUCACUGCCUUCGCUACAAUGGUAGAAGAGACCGACAACCUCCACGCAGAGCUUGUAUUCGACAUGUUCAUGUCGUAUGUGAAACAAAAGAAAGUUCCCCAUGAAGCUCUGGCCCAGAUGAUCGUAGAAUGCUUGACCCAAUAUGCUUCGUUAGCGCAAACUGCCAAGUUCUUACAAGUUUUGGAUCAGCGACAGCUUUCCCUACCUGACGGAGCGCGCGUUGAAAAGAGGAUCGCAAAGUCACUGGCCGCUGUUCAAACCCGCAGUAACACGGUAGACGAUGCGUUCACUUUACGCACCUGUUCAAAGAUGCUCUCAAUACUUGGCCGGAUCAGCACUGUAUCCGAGCAUUUGAUGGCCAAAGUCGACUGGCUCGAACCUCAGCGGCAGUUCCGGUACAUUCUCAAUCAUGCCCAGGCUGAUCACGUUCUACCGUUGGCAUAUCACAGUAUGGAUGUGACUAGUCCGGUCGAACAGCGUAUAGUGCUAAUCCACCAACUCGCACAUCAAUACACAACAGACCUUACGUUGUCUCACAACCAGGCAUGGCGCCGCGUGUUAUACCUCUAUCGCUACCUGCAGGAAAACUCAAUGCCCAUUGGUCCUCUCUUUACGAAGGCCGUUGUUCGCAGCUCAAUCAUCCGGCCAAUGAUGGAAAAUCGCUUUGUCAGUGCGAAACGCCUGAUCUGGGUGUACAGGCUCGUAGAAAGAACUGAAGGUGAAGAGGUCGCAAAGCAAAUUGAGUUACUCUUCUGGCAUUGGCGGGGUGAGGUGAUACAACAGGCAAAGCAGACUUAUGUUAGUGUUGGUGGAGAUCGGCAGAACAAAGCGCAUCUCGGGACGAUGAAGAAGCUGGGUUUGACAUGA